UGCGGGUAUAUCAUGACGCAGAUCUCGUCCACCCCCUCCCCCAUCUAAAAUACACAUGCAGCGUUGCGCCAUUCUUCAAUCCUUUGUCCUUCUGUUUUUACAUUUUUAUAUCUUAUUUUAUUUCGAGAUUCGAUCCCCUUGCAUCAUCUUACUAUAUACCGACAGCUCGUCUGCCAUUGUGCGCCCCGAGCGAGGCCCCAACAACAUCCAUUGUUCUCCACACCUUGCCUCGCCGCUCCUCACCGAGAACCUCACCUCACCUCACCUCACUUACACGGGUGGGUGAUCCGCACCACCACCACCACCACCUCGACCAUCAACAAUUAUUACUACCGCCCGUCCCACCACAGCCUUUUUUGUUGUCCCCCCCCCGGCCGGCGCCAUGCCUACCAGGGUUCGCAUAAUAGAGCACAUGCCGUCGAGCAGCGACGCCGUCGCCCCGCCGCCCAUGGCGUCCUCCUACUACGCAUCAUCUGCCCUCUCUGACUCGUCACUCGCCUCCUCCUCCUCUUCUUCUUCCUCCUCCGCUGCCGCUUCGUACGAAUCCACGCCCUCCACAGCCCCAACGUCCCUCUACAAGUCGUCUCCCAGAUCGCGCAGCACGCGCCACGAGCAGCCGAGGAGAAGGGACACCAAGCAACGACAUCAUCACCAACAACAGCAACAAGAACAAGAACGAAAACGAUAUGAUUCCCGCGACGAGGAGCUCGAUAGGGAACCGGCACUACCCCCUACACCCACAAUCACCUUCUUCCCGCCCUCGCCCGCCUCCGCCUCCCUCUCCUCCGUCGCCACGUACGACUCGCUCCUCUCCGACGCCGCCGAGCCGGAGCCGGAGCCGGAGCCCCUCAGCAGCCUCUCUUCCUCCCCCGACCACGACUGCGGCCACCGCGCCGCCCCCAGCAGCGUACACCUCCCAUCCCCGGCCGACGCCUCCAUCCCGACCGUCCUGCCGCCCUACCGCACCCUCGCCCCGUUCGACCCGUCCCUCCGCCCCUCGGACCCCGUCACCUUUGCCCGGCUGUUCCCCUCGCUGGACCGCCUCGCCAUCCGCCACGACGACGCCACCGCCGACGGCAACAUGAACCUGCGCGUCGAGACCGUCGUGGCUCCGUUCGGAGGGGCAUCAUCAUCGUCGUCGCCGGUCGCGUCCGCCGGCCCCGUCCUCCUCGGCGCCCGCAGGAGACCCGCCGCCACCGUGCAGCUCUUCCACCUGCGCAUGCACGACCUCGCGCGGCGCGACUUUUCGCUGCGCCGCUACUGCCGCGACUCGGGCCGCGAGGUGUGCUUCUCCAAGCGCGCGUACGCGCCCGCGGGCAGCAGCAGUAUUGGUGGUGGGUGUGGUGGCGGUGGCAUCGCCUCAUCCGCCAGCCACACUCUGCAUCGCGCCCUACGCUCCGUCAAGAGCCCCUUCCGCCGCUCAUCCUCGUCUUCAUCCUCGUCAUCUGGCGCCGCCAACGACGCUUCGACCACCACGUCUUGUUCGCCGCGCAACUCGCUCGGCUUUGCGCGCCGGCCCUCCACAGGCGCCGGCGCCGGCGGCAGCACCGUGACGGCCCACACCACGGUCUCGUCGUCGUGCUGGAGCCGCCGCCGCGGGUCGACCUCGUCGUCCGCCUCCCUGGCCGGCAACGCGCUGCUGCUCUCCGGCACGGCGGCCGCCGCUCGCCCGCCCCCGCCGCCGCAGGUCCUCGUCCCCACCGACACCGUCAAGCUCGAGUUCAGCAACUACGCACGCGUCGACGUCUCGCGCCGGCGACACUCCUCAUCCAUCGGCGGCGGAGGAGCGACCAAGGCGUACGAGUUCGAGUGGUGGGGCCACCGGUACGCCUGGCGCCGGGCCGUGGACCGCUCCCUCGGCACCGUCUCGUUCCACCUCGUCCGCGACGGGGGAAGCGCCUCCUCCUCCUCCGCCGCCACCAGCACCACCGUCGCGCACAUCGUCCCCGAGGUGCGCACCCCGACGCAGGUCUUUGCCGAGGACCGCGCCGGCGGGUGGGUGCCCCCGUGCUACAUGUGGAUCAGCGACCCGUCCGUCGUCGAUGCCGUGACCGACGUCGCCGACGUCAUAGUGGCAACCGGACUCAUCGCCCUGGUGGACGAUUCCAUUCGUGAGCGCUGGCCCGCCAGCAUCAAGAAGAAGAAGAUGCCCACCACGCCCGUCGCCCCGUAUCUCCUCCCCCCGAGUCCGACCACGCCCCACUUCGGCUCCGGCCCCGCCGAUGCGGACGGAUACGACGAUGCGGCCCGCCGACCCGGCCUCCGGGGCUUCUUCUCCCGCCGCUCGUCGGGGCAACACUCGCACAGCCCGCUGCGCCUGGGGCGCACCGUCGCCGUGUAUUGAUUGAUUGAUUGAUAAAGUUCGACAGUUCGGGCCGACACUUGUGCCCCAAGUCACCCACUACCACCUGUUACGACCGUGGCGCUUGCCGUCGGAAGGAUGAGACGAAGCCGGCGCCAACAGAAAUGACAAUUUCUCUCUGCAUUAUUAUUCUCUGCACAUGGGCUUUUCCUACUUGAAUUUUUACCAUCAUAAUCUCCCUUUUGCAUUUCUAUUUCACUGCUUCUAUUUCACUGCAAAUGUUUUUCCCAAUCGAAUUUUGGCUACAAUCAUUUCCAGUUCUUCGGGGGUCUCAGGGGGCGUUCAACGGCUGUGACUACGUGUAUUCAACGACAUGGGGACAGCAUAAGCAUGGGCAUCAGAUUAGGCAUGGACUGCGGCGUUUGCUACUUCACGAAUGUAUGCCACGAGAAUCAUGGAGCUGGAAAGCCUCCUUGGCAAUUAACUUCUUUGUGCACUCUG